UGCCGUGUGUGCGCUAUGGCGGAGGACGCGAUGGAGAGCUACCUGUACGCCGCUUACCCGCCCUACUCGUACCGCUACCCGCCGCCCAAAGCCAAGGGCGGCCCGGGCGGCUGGCGGCCGCGGGGCGGGUACCUGGCGGGCUACGGGGAGGCGGCGGCGGCCGCGGCCGAGUACUUCGACGACUACCAGCGUGCGCAGCUGAAGGCCAUCCUGUCCCAGGUGAACCCCAACCUGACGCCGCGGCUCCGCAAGGCCAACACCAAGGAGGUGGGCGUGCAGGUCAACCCGCGGCAGGACGCCUCGGUGCAGUGCUCCCUGGGGCCCCGCACGCUGCUCAGACGCCGGCCCGGACCCGCCACGUCGAGGCCCCGCGAGGCGGCCCCGGAGCCGCAGCCGGAGCCGGAUCAGGAGCAGGGCAGCCCGGCCACCACCAGCACCCGAGCCGUGCGCUUUCCCCGCACCGUGGCCGUGUACUCGCCCGUGGCGUCCCGCCGCAUCACCGCCUUCAACGAGGAGCCGCGAGAGCCCCGGGAGCCGCCGGCCCCGGCCGCCGUCGAGGAGGAGCGGCGCGAGGCGGAGGCGGUGCGCGCCAGCUGGGAGGAACCGGCCGAGGGCGAGGCCGCUCCGCUGGAACAACGCGGGGCCGCGGGCUCGGACGGAGCCCGGCAGGAGGAAGAGCCGCCGGAGGAGCCUCCGGUGGAGCCGCCCGCCGCGCCCCAGAAGCAGGAGGCGGCCCCGGGCAAGGCCCGUCUGCGCUUCCAGUUCCUGGAGCAGAAGUACGGCUACUACCACUGCAAGGACUGCAACGUCCGCUGGGAGAGCGCCUACGUCUGGUGCGUGCAGGGCACCAACAAGGUCUAUUUCCGACAGUUCUGCCGCACGUGCCAGAAGUCGUACAACCCGUAUCGCGUGGAGGACAUCACCUGCCAGAGCUGCAAGCAGACGCGCUGCACCUGCCCCGUGAAGCUGCGCCACGUGGACCCCAAGAGGCCGCACCGCCAGGACCUGUGCGGGAGGUGCAAGGGGAAGCGGCUGUCCUGCGACAGCACCUUCAGCUUCAAAUACAUCAUCUGAGGACGAGGAGGAGGGGAUGGGGGGGGUUGUUUGUUUAGGGCUCUUCCGGGGAACUGCAGGCUCGGCAGGUUGAUUUCUGUUGCUGUUUGGGGGUGGCUGGGAAAGCUUGCGAGUAAAGAUUUGAUGAAGCCUCUGCUGGUCAGGUGGGGCUGUGCCCGGUUUACAGGGCUGUGUUGAAAUGUUGGGAGUUGUGUAAGGGA